AUUGCGAAUCUCCGGCUGCCGUCAAUUUUAAAAGUUGUUUUUAUCACAAAGCAUUAUAUUUCCUUUGUUUACUAUCAAUUGUGGCCUCAUUUUGUUUGAUAAAUGUUCAACAACAAUAAAUAUAGAGAUUUUAGUAAAGUACCUGUUUGUUUGAGUAAGGAAAGUUGGGUUUAUUGUAUGCUUAAGUCGUCGGGAUGUAUUUAUGUGUUACUGCCGGGAUUUUCGUGAUUUUUGGAUGUUUAGGCUCUUCAGAAGGCAAGUACGCGUUUGCAGUAUGGGACAACGAUAAACCUGUGGUAACUGUGACGGAUUAUUUUGCGGAUAUACCGAAGGUCUUCGUCGCUAAAGCUACCUACAGUAAUGAAAUUAAUCAAACAGGCUGGGCAUUUCUGGAGCUGCACACAUGCCGGGACUGCAGUGAUGAGAAGCAGGCAUACGCGGCCGGCUACCUGGAGGGCUACCUCACACAGGACCUCAUAUGGAUGCACUGGCAGAAUAUGCUUAAAGGGUACUGCUACAAUAAAACGGAUGUGUGCGGGUUGAUUGAAGAGUACAUAGACAAGAAUGAGGACUACAUUGCGGAGAUGGUACAGAAACACCCGGAUGACCCAUACUGGUACCAGAUGAAACUGUAUUACAUCCAGCUGGAGGGGCUGGCAGUAGGCUACAAUGCUGCGACCACCGAUGUAUUCCAGUGGCUCACCAUACGCGACAUCCUUUGGAUCAACAUGAUGGGCGACUUGGAUGAGUUAGCGUUCGCGCUGUCCUUGCCAAACCUGGGCGCGGACGGCGUGACACUGUUCCCGGACCACUGCACCGGGCUCGUCAAACUGCUGCCAGACCUCACCAACCUGUAUACCAGCCAGGUCACAUGGAACAGCUACCAGUCGAUGCUGCGGUUCCAGAAGAUGUACGUACUCAACUACAAGAUGACUCCGAAGAGCAAGAACCUCAUCCCUGGCCGCAAGAUGUCGCUCUCGUCGUACCCAGCGUUCAUUCAGUCGACAGACGACUUCUACAUCAUCAGCUCGGGGCUGGUGGCCGGCGAGACCACCAUCGGCAACAGCAACCGCACGCUGUUUGAGCUGGUGCAGCCUGUGGGGCAGAUACUGGAGUACGCGCGCGUGAUGGUGGCCAACCGGCUGGCGCGCAGCGGCGAAGAGUGGGUCGAGAUCUUCCAGAAGCACAACAGCGGUACUUACAACAAUCAGUGGUAUAUAGUGGACUACAACAUGUUCAAGCCGUGCACCAAGCAGCAGGCGGCCGUCAUCAAGCCGGGGCUGCUGUGGGUGGUGGAGCAGCUGCCCGGGUACACGGAGGCGGCGGACUUAACUGAGGAGUUGAAGCGUGAGACAUACUUCCCGUCGUACAACAUCCCCUACUUCCCGACGGUGUUCAACAUGAGCGGCGGCAACGAGCGCGUGGCCGCCUUCGGGGACUGGUUUGGGUACCACACCAACCCGCGCGCCAAGAUCGUCAAGGAGAAGCAGGCGGGCAUCCACAACCUGCGCGACAUGUACCACGCGAUGCGCUACAACGACUUCAAGCACGACCCCUUGUCUCGCUGCGAAGCCUGCAACCCGCCAUAUAGCGCGUGCAACGCCAUCGCCGCUAGAAAUGACCUCAACCCCGCCAAUGGCACGUUUCCGUUCCGCGCCCUGGGCCACCGCAGCCACGGCGCCACGGACGCCAAGAUCACGUCGGCCUACCUGCGCAGCACGUACCAGUUCGUGGCCGUCGCCAGCCCCACGCACAACAUCUCGCGCGGGAUACCGCCCUUCUCAUGGAGUCAAUUCGACAUGGGCAGGACGGUAUCGCACGUGGGCCACCCAGACACGUGGCUGUUCUCGCCCAUGCUCCACCAGUGGGAGUGGGGGUAGGCGCCCACCAGUGGGCUCGCAUUCCCACUGCCCAGCCUUUCAUAUAAGAGUCAAUUGUGAAGCUAAGCCGAUGUAAUACUCACACUGCAACUAUAGAUACUUUUGUAAUUUAAUAUAUACAUUGUGAAAUUAUUUUGAAUUAUUCAGUACCAUAAACUAUAGAUUUAUUAACGGUUUUUUUGUUUUAAAUUUUUAAACUUGUCUUGAUAAUGUGCCGGCCAAAGAUAUCAUUUAAAUUAUAAGGAUAUAUAGGUAAUAUUCUAGCUACUUACUAUACUUUAAAAAAGUUGCUUGGAAAAGGUAAAAAAACAUCAAUUAUUUAGUGGGUGGUUACCCUACGCCUACAGGCGUGACGCUAUCUAUGUUUUAUUAUUUUAAGGCCUGUUAUGUCCAUAUGAUGAAGGAUUUGAUUGUCUUGCCUGUAAUCAAAAAGGUCUGGGUUCGAGUCCCGUUUGCGUAAACAAAGAGAGGCGUUUAUGUUCAAAAGAUGGAGGAACAUGAAUUAUGUUAACACUUUCAAGGACAGAACGUCUAUGGACGUUCCGAUUCCAAGGUGUCAUACUAUCUAUUAUGAACCAUCAAUGACCCAUGGUCUCUGUCCGUGGAAGGGUUAAUAAUCUUCUUUUUCUCUUGUUAGAACAUUCCAAUGUUGUUUUUAAGACUUUAUUUUUAAGAGGUUUGUACCAAAGUUAGUUUGUAGCACGAAGUACGAGUUGGUUAGUACUAAAAUACUCGAAUUUUGGAUUCAGUAGGACAAUAAACCAGUGUGUUUUAAUAUACAUAGUACAUUGAUAGGGUACGUAAACAAAAAAGCAAUCGAAUUAUUUAUAGGUUUAUAUUGUACUAACUUUAUAAUAUAAUAUUAAUUUGAUAAAUAAACCAAGUUUUACAAA